AUGGUGAACAGGCCGCGGGCCCCAUUUACUGCUAUCGUGCGCCAUUCCCCUAUCACUCAGCACAUAAAAUCCCAAUCACUCUUCAACCGACAAAAAAAAGCGAUUCCGCUUAAAAGAAAAAACCCAUUCCACUGCUCAAUCAACUCGGCAAUCGACGGGCGGCGACGGAGCGCCGGCGAUGGGUACGUGAAGGCCAAGACCUCAGUUUGGUGGGAUAUUGAGAACUGUCAAGUUCCUCGAUCUUGCGAUCCCUACUUGAUCGCCCAGAAUAUAAGCUCGGCGUUGGCGGCCAUGGAUUAUAAAGGGGCGGUGACGAUCUCGGCGUAUGGGGAUACGAGCAAUAUCCAGAAGGCGGCUCAGCAGGCGCUCUCCAGUACUGGGAUCUCGCUCAAUCAUGUGCCUGCUGGUGUGAAAGAUGCAAGUGAUAAGAAAAUUUUGGUGGACAUGUUAUUCUGGGCAGUGGAUAAUCCGCCUCCUGCAAAUUAUCUUCUUAUUUCUGGUGAUCGUGACUUCUCUAAUGCCCUCCAUCAACUAAGGAUGAGGAGAUAUAAUAUUCUGUUGGCACAGCCUGUGACUGUAUCCCAAGCUCUGGUUUCAGCUGCAAAGAACGUUUGGCUAUGGGCUAGCCUUCUGAUUGGAGGACCACCAUUGCCGGAGUCCCCUCAGCUUCAUAACGCAUCAAGCGGUAGCAGGUCAAAUGUUGAGACUCCUUCCCGUAGCAUGCCGGACGCUUCGCAACCUACUGAUUCUAAACAAAAGAAUCAUGGUAAUGGAAAGGGUUAUGGACAGAAUAAAGUCAAAAGAAUUAAGGUAACAAAAAAGUUGAUAACCAGAAUAAAGUCUCAUCAGAGACAGCCGAAUCCCAAUACGUCCCGAACCACCCACGUUUCACGGUCUACUGAAUCUAAUCAAAAGAAUCAUGGUAAUAAAAAGGUUGAUAACCGGAAUGAAGUCGAGCAGAACCGGAAGACUCAGAGCCAGCGGAGUCCCAGUACAUCCGGCGCCACCAACGCUUCAAGGUCUACUGAUUCUAAUCAAAAGAACCACGGUAAUAAAAAGGCUGAUAAGAAGAAUGAAGUCGAGCAGAUCCGGAAGACUCAGAGCCAGCCGAAUCCCAAUACAUCCAGCGCCACCUACGCUUCAAGGUCUACUGAUUCUAAUCAAAAGAACCACGGUAAUAAAAAGGCUGAUAAGAAGAAUGAAGUCAAGCAGAACCGAAAGACUCAGAGCCAGCCGAAUCCCAAUACAUCCAGCGCCACCAACAUUUCAAGGUCUACUGAUUCUAAUCAAAAGAACCACGGUAAUAAAAAGGCUGAUAAGAAGAAUGAAGUCAAGCAGAACCGAAAGACUCAGAGCCAGCCGAAUCCCAAUAUAUCCAGAGCC